GCUGAUCCAUUCACGUGGCUAGCACAAACGCCCAAUGGAUUGGUUAAGGGUCAUGCGUACGGUAUUACUGGAAUGCGCAUUGUGAAUGGGCGCCGUGGUCGUAUACCACUCUUACGUAUUCGUAAUCCAUGGGGUAAUGAAUGCGAAUGGAAAGGACCCUGGUCAGAUGGUUCGCGUGAAUGGCAGAGUAUAUCGCAACAGGAAAAAGACGAGAUGGAUUUGGAUUUCGCAUAUGAUGGAGAAUUUUGGUUGGUAUUUACGGUUUAA